AUUUAAUACUGAGCACAGAAUAUCGAACAUCUCUUGCGUUUACCAUCUCAUUAUUGCUGGAAUUCUGCGAUGCUAAAUGUUUCAAUCGUGGAUUGAAACUAAAAUCACUUAAGUUGCUUAGUCUAAUAUUUGAAGUUGGGGAAGGAUCUCUUGAGCCUGUAAGUGAUGCUUGGUCCCCUUUUCUCCCGGGAAUUCUAUCAAUCCUGGGAAAAACAAUCUACUCUGACCAGCGUCAGGGUUCCGAAGUAGUCGCCCUCUCCAUUACCGUUUGGGGAAAAAUCAUUUCAACUUGCCUUAACGAUAAACUCGCUUUAAAAAAACACCAACAAGAGACUUCGCCGUUAUUUAUUGAACGUAGUGAGCAAUGGCUAACCACUACAGUGGAACAAGUGCAUAAAAUAUUAGCAAGAGUACUUUCGGUUAUGCUUCAUCCUUCUCAGAAAGUUCGCUUGGCACUUUGUAGGCUCUGCGGAACUUUUCUCCGACAAUCAUGCAACACUCUUUUAAAACAGUCACUCGACCAAAUUCUUUCUGUUCUAACCACUUAUAUAUACGACAACUAUGAUAAUGUAAAAAACUUAGCCAAAGAAGAAAUCAACAGCUUGGUUUCUGUAGUGCAAGACUUAGACGCUCAUAACUUGCUCAUAGUUCAUAAACUGGAAUUGAAUUUCCGCGAGUGUCUUUCCUCACUUCCAGGAUUACUGCGGACGUCUAACGACGUUAACAAACUGGCGCUAGUCAGGCUGCUCUGCGGCUACUGCGAGAUCCUGCAGAACCGUCUUAACACUCUGCUUAGUAACCCAUUGCUUUGGAAUAGACUCUCAGUAGCCCUUAUGGAGGUGCUAGCCCUCGACGACAGCCCCAACACGGGCAUAUUUGACCUUGCCAGCGAUAUUUCUAUAGGUCGGAGACGUUUCCUGCACUUCAGUAAUGCCAAUAUCGAAUCUGCCGUUCAAUCGCUGUGUCGUCUGAUUGGCCAGCACUGCGACCUUUAUACGUCCUUUGACCACUUUUCUAGUGUGCUGCGUACCUCCACGACCCACAGGAAGCAGGCCGCUUAUGCUCUAAACCAAAUUUUUAGCGGGGCUUUUUCGCUGGUCUCACAAGAAUGUCAUAUACAGUCCCCUAUUAAUAAUCUUGUGAAACUGAAGGAAUUAAGUCUGACGUUCAUUUAUGAGCUUAUCUCAUCAAGGCAAUUUCAGUUACCUGUGACUCAAGAGGAGAGCGACCUAUACGAUGGUCAACUGCCUGAGAUUAAUAUAUGGGACAACGCCACACUCUGCGGUCUUCUUCUGGAGUGCUUUGGAACGUGCCUGAAAAUUUUAGGUCCAGAGUGCGACUCUAUUUUAUAUGACCUGCUGUACCCCCUCGUGGAAGUUUACACCUCGGAUUCGCCUUCUGUAAAGUCUUCAGCUCACGCGGUCCUUCAAGAACUGUGUAGCCUUAUUUUCUACCAAGAAGAGAGGAAGUACCCAAACAUUGAGGAGCUUCUGGAGCACAACUUUGAUUACCUGAUCGACAAAGUUUCUAGAAACCUCCGCUUUCUCGUAGAUUACCCGAGGACGCCGGUUGUCCUGUCCCUGGUUGUGCAGUUCUGCUCCAGGGCUACCCUUGAGCAGUUCUCAGAUGUCUUGCGAGACAUAAUACUACUGAUGACUAAUGACCUCGGCUUACUGAGCACUCAGCUUCAACUUUACCUCUAUUCCUUUAAAUCUAUACUCGUAAAGCUUGAGACCUGUAUCCAUCCCGAAAAAGACACCAUCGAAGAGGAGGCCAAGGAGUGCACGUGCCCCUUUGUUCACCUUGGUGUAUCUAUCGUAGAUCACGUGUUGCAUUAUCUUCCGGACGAUCCGCCUGCAUUGCGUCUUGAAGUCUUGCAGGUUGUUGCUGCGGGCGCCCGGGCGUUGCGGCAGCGUCCCCGGGUUCUUAUGCCUUUGAUUCACAAGAUGUGGCCGGGUCUUAUUAAUCGGUUGUCAGAUGAUGUCGCUCCUGUCCGACUGCAAACUCUCCGCACUAUUCAGGAACUUAACGUAUGCAGCGCCGACUUCGUGUUCCGCCGUAUCGAGAAAGACGUUUAUCCUUCUCUCCAUUCGAUCUUAAGUAAUCCGCCAAAGGCGCCCGACUUGCCUCCUCUGCACGUCAUCUUAGUCACGGAACCCGUCUACUCCUUCGCGUAUAAACUGCGGUGCUGUGCGUUAGAGUUUAUUCUUGGCUGGCUAGCAGGCUACCAGCGUUUUUCGCUUGCUGUCCUCGACUCUCUCAUGAUGCUCACUUUGCCUUAUCUCCAUCCACUCCAACCAAAAGACUUAUUUGAAGGUGCCCUGGAAAUUUAUUCUUUACUAGCGAACAAGCACCCCGAUGUACUUUGGACGUUUGCUCAUGAGUUUACCGAGCAACUUGAUAGGUACCGCCCUGCGAGCAGCCGCUUAAAGCAGUAUGGUGCACAGGCGCUUGCCGUGGACAUGAGGCCAAUAGCGCAAGUUCUUGGCAACAUCAGAAUACCCUGA